AUUCAGCAGCCUGGCGCCGCAAAGAGCGCAUGAAGAGCCAGAGCCUGCAGAGCGUCGAUUCACAGCGCAGACUGAAGGGGGGACAGGCUGCAUCCGCAGGCAGACUCACGGACAUAACCCGCAUGAUUCACAUCCACAGAGCCUGCUCACCUUCCCACUGUCACCCUCUGGAUCUCCGAAAAGGAAGAUAGAGGCGGAGGAGCCGUUGCGCUUGGAGCCGUGGAGUUAUAUAAGGCCGGAGGAAGCAUCAGCCUCGUCGCAGGGCCGGUGUGACUCAUUGAUAAAUAAGUCGGGCUCUCUCCAACCAGAUGCAUGAAUGAGCGCCAGUGUAGACAACCCGCAGUCGGGAAAUUUGUGAAGGGGAUCCGAGUUUUUUUUUGACCAUUUGGGACUGAAGUGUACGGGGACAUUUAAGGACAUUUGGAAUGAGAUUUUGUCUGCCUGAUUUUGCAUUUUGAGUUUGUUUUUUUUAAACGACAGCUGUGUUGCUGAGGGCCCUCCGAGCAGCGGAGCGCACUGACAGAAAUCCCAGACUGCUUUCAGUGCUUGCCGCUGCAGCAAAGAAGCUCCCCGCUUUCCUCAAACAUUGUUGACUCCUGCUUAUAAAUGCUUGACAAGCUCAAGCCCGUCGUGCAGCUCGACUCGGUAAUGGCGAUCAGCAAGACGGUGGGCUGGCUCCGGGAGCAGCUGGAGACGCGCAGGGACGGCCUGCUGGUGAUGGACUGCCGGGCCCAGGAGCUCUACGAGUCGUCGCACGUCGAGACCGCUAUCAACGUGGCCAUCCCGAGCCUGAUGCUCCGCCGGCUCAAGAAGGGCAACCUGCCCAUGCGGUCCCUGCUCUCCGACGGAGAGGACCGGGAGAAGUUCGUGCGGCGGUGCAAGACGGACACCAUCGUGCUGUAUGACGAGUAUAGCCGGGAGUGGAACGAGAAUGUGGACGGAGGCUCGGUGUUGGGUUUACUGCUGAGGAAGAUGAAGGACGAGGGCUACAAGGCCUAUUAUCUGGAGGGCGGCUUCAGUAAAUUCCAGGCAGAGUAUCCAGCUCUGUGCGAAACCAACCUGGACGGCUCCUCCAACAGCAGCUCUCCCACCGCCCAGGUUCUGGGCCUGGGCGGGCUGCGGAUCAGCUCCGACUCCUCGGACAUCGAGUCGGACAUUGACCGGGACCCGAGCAGCGCCACAGACUCGGACGGCAGCCCGCUGUCCAACCCGCAGCCCUCCUUCCCGGUGGAGAUCCUGCCGCACCUCUAUCUGGGCUGCGCCAAGGACUCCACCAACCUGGACGUUCUGGAGGAGUACGGCAUCAAGUACAUCCUCAACGUGACCCCCAACCUGCCCAACCUCUUCGAGAACGCGGGAGAGUUCAAGUACAAGCAGAUCCCCAUCUCGGAUCACUGGAGCCAGAAUCUGUCUCAGUUCUUCCCCGAGGCCAUCAGCUUCAUUGAUGAAGCUCGAGGCCAGAAGUGUGGUGUCCUGGUCCACUGCCUGGCUGGCAUCAGCCGCUCUGUCACGGUGACGGUGGCCUACCUGAUGCAGAAACUCAACCUGUCCAUGAACGAUGCGUACGAUAUCGUCAAGAUGAAAAAGUCCAACAUCUCGCCCAACUUCAACUUCAUGGGCCAGCUCCUGGACUUUGAGCGCACACUUGGCCUGAAGAGCCCGUGCGACAACCGCAUGGCGCCGCCGAGCCAGCAGCUCUACUUCACCACCCCGACAAACCACAACGUCUUCCAGUUGGACCCUCUGGAGUCCACGUGAGAUCCGCUGUCACCAUCCCUCUCCUUGCCGGAGGUUUCAUGGGCCUCCCGUUGGAAAAGCUGCAAAAAGUUUCUCUUUUUUCCGUCGUCUGCUGUGCAACGUUAUUGAUACAGCUGGUUUGAGGCGACAGCUGCUGAGCGUGGUUACUGGAGGGCCAAGGCUGUCUGGCCAAGACGCAGCUGCUGUUGACUAAACGAGGAGAGACGGUGAGAGAGACAGACAGGAAAGAGAGUCAUUUAAAGAGUGCAGAUACUUUCUACAAUCAUAUUUCGCUGUUGGUCUCCUGAGUAUUUUCUCUGUUUUUGUCAUUGUGUCUGACGAAGGUAACUUAUUGGACAGCUGUAUGUUAUGCUUCAAAGUUCCUCGGCUGGUGUGCCAAAGAGACAUGAUUGUUCAAACUGGACAGCAAAUGAAGCCCUUUUGUAUGUUUGUUUUGGGGUCUAACACUGUUACCCCAAGACUUCAGGGUGCAUAGUCUCCUUCAUCUUCUGUGAAGACUUGCCUGCGUGGGGUUGAAGCACCCCGGCUUUAGAAGGCACACUAUAUACUGGACUCGAUUUUACAUUUGUGGAGUCUUUUCAAACAUUUAUACAUUGUGUAUAUAUCUUAAUAUAAAAUACAGUAAAAGCCUUGCUCUAGUAUAUACCCUUUGGAACAAGUGGGUACUGAAGAUUCUCUUUGUUUCAUAUUCUACUUUUAUGUAAGCAAACAAGCUGCAUAUUGAUCAGUAUGUUUAAGUUGAUUAUGCCAAAAAUCAAGUAGGCUUUCCAAGAAAUGUGCAAAAAUGUAUACAUGUGUAAUAUAUUCAAAUCGCUUUAUGUGUGAAUUCAGCCGACCGGCCUUGUUUUUGCACCCACCCUCUCAAAAUCAAAGUCACCUUGGUUGUUUGCCUUACUUUUGCGUUCAGAAGGUUUGUAUUGUGCAUUAGCCUUCAGAGAAAUUCAUGUUUUUUUUUUUACAGCAUCCCAGAGAUUUUUAUUUUCUCACAAAUAGCCAACCAAACCCUGAGCAAUUUUCUUAGCAGUUAUUAAUUUGGCAUCAUGCUAAAGAUAACUUAAGCGAUCUGAAUGGCCAACUUUGUGUUGUCUGGAUCUCUGAAGGUUAAUGUGAGUAAUUCUGAUCUGUGCACAAGGGUUACAACUCUGACAUAUGGACAAAGCAGGGAGCUUUGCUCACCUUGUCUCUUCAGGGAAAACUCUGUAAAAUGCAGUUUUUAUUUGUCAAGAUGAGAGAAAAUAGAAUCCAGAGCUUUGGAGGGUUGUGUCGCCCCCUCCAUAGAGAAAGCCUCUUUCCAGAGGAAGCCAUCUUGGCGACCUCUGCCCACCCCUCCACACUCCUCUCUUACGAAUGUAAAGAAAAUAUAAGUUAUUAAUAAAUUGCUAUUUUGUCUACA